CUGACCAUCCUGACUGACGGAUCUCUGGAUGACCUUGUCCCCACCCCUGUCCCUGCGCUCACAUAUACCACAGCAAUGUCCCAUCUGCCCAGCAGCUCAGUCCGCGACCAUAUGAAAUGGGCGGGGCUGCUUGGCUGCGAGGCUGUCCUCUCCAGCAUGGCCCUGAUGCAGGCCAGUUCAAUGGCUGCUCCACCCAAAAAGAUGAUGGCACCACUUGGCCAUGGACCACCUCAGAGAGAUGGAUCCGACCGUGCUCCUCAAAGCCAUAUGAUCCUCCCAUCUGGAAUGAGCUGUCCACCCCUGCUUAUCCGGAAGGAAGGAGAAUUCCAGGCUCCCCGCUUGCUGGAUGAGAAAGAGAUGAGGGCCAACGAAGAAAUGCAGCAGAAAAAAAAGAACAGGAAAUCAGUGACGCCCUGUAAAGUGAGAGAACAAGAAGGAAGGGGAGGGAAGGGUGCAGGUGGGGACGAGAAUGGGCCGGCAUCCAAAGUGCAGAAAAAUUUUAUUUGUGAUCACUGUUACGGAGCUUUUAGGAGUGGGUACCACCUGAAGAGACAUAUCCUCAUUCAUACAGGGGAGAAGCCGUAUGCUUGUGCCGUAUGUGACAUGAGGUUUAUUCAGCGUUACCACCUGGAGAGACACAGCCUCAUUCACACGGGGGUGAAGCCGUACGCUUGUACCAUGUGUGACAUGAGGUUUUUCCAGCGUUACCAUCUGGAGAGACACAGACUCACUCAUACGGGGGUGAAGCCGUACGCUUGCUCCAUGUGUGACAUGAGGUUCUUCCAACGUUACCAUCUGGCAAGGCACAGCCUCACACAUACUGGGGUGAAGCCAUACGCUUGCUCCAUGUGUGAUAUGAGAUUUUUCCAACGCUACCACUUGGCAAGACACAGCCUCACUCACACGGGGGUGAAGCCAUAUGCUUGCUCCAUGUGUGACAUGAGAUUUUUCCAGAGAUACCACCUGGCGAGACACACUCUCACCCAUACGGGGGUGAAGCCAUACGCUUGCUCCAUGUGUGACAUGAGGUUCUUCCAGCGUUACCAUUUGGCAAGACACAGCCUCACACAUACUGGAGUGAAGCCGUACGCUUGUACCAUGUGUGACAUGAGGUUUAUUCAACGUUACCAGCUUGAGAGGCACAGUCUCACUCAUACAGGGGUGAAGCCGUACGCUUGCACCAUGUGUGACAAGAGGUUUUUUCAGCGCUACCACCUGGCGAGACACAGCCUCACUCAUAUGGGUGUGAAACCUUAUGCUUGCACCAUGUGUGACAUGAAGUUUUUUCAGCAUUACCACCUGGCGAGACACAGCCUCACUCAUACUGGUGUGAAACCUUAUGCUUGCACCAUGUGUGACAAGAGGUUUUUUCAGCGCUACCACCUGGCGAGACACAGCCUCACUCAUAUGGGUGUGAAACCUUUUGCUUGUACCAUGUGUGACAUGAGGUUUGUGCAGCGUUACCACCUGGCGAGACACAGCCUCACUCAUACGGGUGUGAAACCUUAUGCUUGCACCAUGUGUGACAAGAGGUUUUUUCAGCGCUACCACCUGGCGAGACACAGCCUCACUCAUUUGGGUGUGAAACCUUUUGCUUGUACCAUAUGUGACAUGAGGUUUUUUCAGCGCUACCACCUGGCGAGACACAGCCUCACUCAUACGGGGGUGAAGCCGUUUGCUUGUUCCAUGUGUGACAUGAGGUUUAUUCAGCGUAACCACCUGGAGAGACACAGCCUCACUCAUACGGGAGAGAAGCCAUUUGCAUGUGACAUGUGUGAUAUGAGGUUUAUUCAGCGCUACCACCUUGAAAGACACAAGCGUGUCCAUAGUGGGGAGAAGCCUUACCAGUGCGAGCGGUGCCAGCAGAACUUUUCACGCACAGAUCGGCUGUUGCGACACCGGCGGUUGUGCCAGGGUCGCGGCGUGGCCAAAGUGGAGGGCCAGCCGUGCUGCGAGCCGCGCCCCUACGCCCAGGAGCCCCCGCCCGCCCCCCCCACCUGGAGCCCGCUGCACCCGCCCCCGGGGCGGCUGGCCGUCUGA